AUGGAGGGACUCAGCACACGCGCUCACGCGUUUUCUGUGGAGGCUUUAGUGAGCUGCAAGAAGUUGCAGUGUAUCUCCGAAAAUGACAGUGACACAACAGGACCUGUCAUCGAAAAUGAUGAGCGAAAUGACAGGACGAGCCGAAUCUGUGAGAGGGCAAUAAACGAAAUUACAGUCAAACGUAAAGCUGCAAGAGGAGUUCGAGUAGAUCUUCAAGGGUCUGACCUGUGGAAAAGAUUUUAUGACAUCGGCACCGAGAUGAUUAUCACAAAGGCUGGGAGGAGAAUGUUUCCCUUUAUGAGAGUAAAGGUGCGUAAUCUAGAUCCUUUUCAGCAAUACUACAUUGCCAUGGACAUCAUGCCUUUGGAUUCAAAACGAUACAGAUAUGUGUAUCACAGCUCUCAAUGGAUGGUGGCUGGAAACACGGAUCAUUCUCUUAUCUCCCCCUGUUUGUACAUACACCCCGAUUCACCAUGUUCAGGAGAGAAGUGGAUGCGUCAGGUUAUCUGCUUUGAUCAUGUUAAGCUCACCAACAAUGAAACAGAUGACAAAGGCUAUAUUGUCUUGCAGUCCAUGCAUAAGUACAAGCCACGCAUUCACCUUAUUCUGCACAGUCCUCGUGUUGAUCUGUCACAGAGGCAUCCAUUGCUGCCAGUGGAUGGCGUGCACACUUUCUCUUUUCCUGAGACACAAUUUACCACUGUUACAGCCUAUCAGAACCAACAGAUAACAAAAUUGAAGAUUGAAAGAAAUCCAUUUGCAAAGGGCUUCAGGGACUCAGGACGAAACAGGGCCAUGUUGGAUGGGGUUGUGAGUUUAUACCCAUGUGAAGGCAGAGUUUCUGAAUCUUCAUCAAGUUUCUGUAUCACCUCAUUGCUGAAAACCCUCUUGCCCAACUCCUGUUCAACUGCACCCCAUCCCAUCCCAUUCUCAGCUCCACAAUACUGCAUGACCUUUCCUUCAAGCAACGUUGUCACAUAUAGUCCUUUGAUGUCUACGCUCCAAGUAAAGCCUGGAUACAGCUGUAAGAAUCACUGCCUCCAGAAUUCUACCACCACAGGCCUUACUCUGUUUCCUGUCCCGAAGAUUCAGACCAGUUGUGACUAUGGAGACCAUCCAGGUCAAAAUAACAAUAUUUCAUCAGCCUUUAUUUCUCCUAAUCUGUACAGCUACGGUUUACCCAUGAGUCACCAUUUCUCCACUACUCAUCAAUUACACCUGGGUGAUGGUAAAAGUGCACCAAAUGCUUAUGAAUGGCAUUAA